AUGCCAUCUCUUGUGGAAACUAUGGAAGCCGAAUGCGAAUACGUAUUUGCAGCCGAGCUGGACGUUAGGGAUGAAUGGAAAACAGUCCGAGUUUUCCCCGCGUUUACGGAAAUGGCACAUCGCAUCACCUGUCGUAUACUACUUGGCGAAGAGCUCGCGCGCGACAAGACCUUCAUCAAGGAAUCGCAAUCGUUCAACCGGACUCUUUUCAUUAGUGCUAUCAUGGUCAACGGCAUUGCCCUUGGACCAUUCAGAAACCUGGUGGCAUGGCUCACUGCAGCCAAACAUCGAGUGCACCUCUCGCGUUGCAUCAAGUUCCUACUUCCCCAGAUCGAAAAGGUGCGGAGCCAACCUAAAGAUCGCAACGAUGCCGUAAAGUGGAUGCUCGAACUUGCGGAUGGAGAUGAGGUUGAGUCAAACCAGGGUCGAAUGGCGAAGCAGUUGAUGCACCUCAUGUUCGCUGGAAGCAGCGCGCCUGGAGGUCUGGUCGUGCAGAUGAUCUACCAGAUCUUGAUGAGCCCGGAAUACCUCGAGCCACUAAGAGAUGAAAUCUCUCGCACGCUCGAAGAGACGGGUGGGUUUACAGCUAGCUUCGUAUCGCGGCUGCCGCUCAUGGAGAGUUUUGUGCGCGAGACGAUGCGUCUAUAUCCCACUGGUGUUGGUAAGUGCUUCGCAACUCAGCCAUAUUCAGUGCUAAUGCCACAUCAGUAUCGGUGA